GAGGCCGAGGCCUCAUAGCCGGCUUUAAGGAACAACCUGUAACCCGCCGUGUAGCUCUCUGGAUACACCGACCGCGGCACCAUGCUUCCCGGGGAAACACUUUUGUUUCGGUUGGUGAUCUGCGUUGUGUUAGCUGCCGACACCGCUGCUAGGUUCGAAGGGCAGGAUUACCUUGAAAACAGGGACCACGGCAACCAAGUUGUUGGUAAACCAAUCGAUAACAGAAGGGAGGAACAGCUCAAUGGCUAUUUUUUUUUCCAACAAUCAGUGGAAAAGCAUGAGCGAACCCCAGAACCUACACCAUCAGGGAUGUGGGAAUCUCAGUCCAUGGCACCAACAAAUGCGCUGGUCAAAUUCCGGCCGAGAGACCCAUGGUCGGCUCAAAGUGUGGUCGUGCACUGUGGUGAGAAGGAGGUCGCCAUAGAGGUCAAACGGAACUUUCUGGGCAGCGGCCAGAGUGUCACGCCCUCCGACCUGAAGCUGGGCGGCUGCGCUGCGGUCGACGACGGGGGAGAGACCGUGCUGUUCCGCUCGGAGUUACCCGACUGCGGGAGCACUACGAUGAUGACGGAGGAUUCCCUCAUCUACACCUUCACCUUGGUCUACGUGCCGACGGCCAUCGGCACCACCUCAAUCAUAAAGACCAACGCCGCUCAGGUGAAGAUUCAGUGCCAUUAUCCAAGAAAGCAGUUGGUGAGCAGCGACGGCGUGAGGCCCGACUGGAAGCAACACGCCUCCAUCAUGCUGGCAGAGCAGACGCUGCGCUUCUCCCUGCGUCUGAUGACCGAGGACUGGCGGCAGGAGAGGCCGUCCUCCAGCUUCCGGCUGGCCGAGGUGAUGUACGUCGAGGCCUCGGUCCAGCGGGGCCUCCACGUCCCCCUGAGGCUCUACGUGGACCGCUGCGUGGCCAGCCUGGAGCCCAGCGUCGACGCACAGCCCAGCUACGCCUUCAUCACCAACCAUGGGUGUUUAACCGACGCUAAAGUGUCGGGAGGGCGAUCGUUCUUCAAGGACCGAAGCCACGAGGACAAGCUCCAGUUCCAGAUGCAGACCUCAAGGUUUCCCCAGGAUCCCAGAGCCAAGAUGUUCAUCACAUGUUCCCUGAAGGCCGUCAUUCUCCCCAUGGCAACCGAUGCAGAACACAAAGCCUGCUCGUAUCUGCCCGAAGCCAAAAGGUGGGUGGCCUCAGGUGGGGACAACCAGGUGUGUAGCUGCUGCGAGGCCACCUGCAGCACCCAGAGGAGGAGUCGGCGAAGCAGCCCCUCUUCAGAUGAAGAGCCUGCGUGGGCGUGGGCAGGGGAGUCUACCCUAGGCCCCAUCCUGGUGCAGGGAACGGCCCCAGAGAGGCUGGUGGGACUGCCGGACCUUUCCGGAGAGUUCUCCUCUUCGUUGGUGCCUCAGGGUCUUGAGCCCACACUGGAAGAACCGGCCGUGUCAACCCUGGUGCUUUGCGGCUUGGCCUUGCUCCAGGUCGUCGUGGUGACAGCCGUCAUCGUUUACAGAAGGACGCAGAAAUCCAACUGACGCGGAAAGCCAACGGACACUCUUUGUACACUUUGUGAUGAGACUAUUAAAUUGAUUCAGUGGCGAUUGUG